GCAGACCCGAGAAAACCCUUGUGCUUCCGGGAAGCACGACGGCGCGCCCAGGUCGCUCCCGGUUUGGCCCAAAACCCUAGUUCUUAUCGCCGGAUCUCGGCCUCCGCCUACCGUCGUCGUCGCCUGCGGCGGCGGAACCGCCCUUGUACAGCCUUCUUCCGCUGGAGCCCGCAACUAGAUAUCCUGCGGAUCGGAUCCUGGAGCACAAUGGAGGCUAGCGACUCUGAAAUGAACAUGGAAACUAUGAAGGCUAGUGACUCUGAAAUGAAUAUGGAAUCUAUGAAUGGUGAUACAGUGAACAUUCCAGUGAACUUGAUGCCAGUGAGCACAGCGGUUAUGGAUGCAGAAACAACACCAAGAACUACAAGAGGAAGGAGAAAGAAAUCGAUGGUGUGGGAACACUUCACUGUUGAAGUUGUAUCUGGAGGAUGUACUCGAGCUUGCUGCAAACUAUGCAAACAAACCUUUGCAUACAGUAAUGGUUCUAAGGUAGCAGGUACUAGCCAUCUUAAGAGACACAUUUCACUGGGUUCCUGUCCAAAGAUUAAGAAUGGAAAGCAACAACUUCCAUUAGCCUCCACCACACAAAUUGAGGGAGAUACAACUGAUCCACCCAAAAGACGCUAUAGAACUUCUAACAUGCUGAAUGUUUUUGAACAGGAACAGAGUGUCACAUACCUAGCAAAGAUGAUAAUUUUACAUGAAUACCCACUCCAUAUGGUUGAAAACCCUGCUUUUGUAUCCUUUAUUCAAAGUCUCCAACCACAUUUUAAGAUGAUUGAUAUUAACUCCAUUGAAGGUGAAAUCUUAUCUAUAUUCCACACAGAAAAACAAAAUCUCAUGAAUGUCUUUCAGACCAUGCCUGGGAGGAUCAGUCUCACUGUAGGACUGUGGACAUCGAGCCAGAGUCUAGGUUAUAUUUGCCUCAGUGGCCAAUACAUUGACAACGAGUGGAAGUUGCACAGAAGAAUGCUUAAUUUCCUGAUGGUAUCCUCACCUCAUUCUGAAAAUUCCCUGAGUGUGGCAAUUACUGUUGGUCUAUCGGAUUGGAAUAUGAAGAAUAAGUUGUUCGCUGUCACUCUAGACAACGAAUGUUCAUCACAUGACAUCUACAGCUCUAAUCUCAGAGGCCAUCUUUCUGACAAGAAUGCACUUAUGCUCAAAGAUCGAUUGUUUGUUGUGCGAUGUUAUGCAAAUAUCCUGAAUGUUGUUGCACAGGAUCUGAUUGCUUCAGUUCAAGAAAUUUUAUACAACAUUCGGGAGAGUGUGAAAUUCAUUAAAGCUUCUCAAUGGUCAGAAAGAAUUGAUGAAAUUGCCUCACAAACUGGAAUUCCUGUCAGAAAAGAUCUUUCCCUUGACGUGAAAACUCUGUGGAAUACAACUUACCUUAUGUUAGAUGCUUCAUUGGAGUACAAGCAUGCAUUUACUUUCUUAGAGACAUGUGAUGACAAUUACAAUGAAGCACCAUCAGCUGAUGACUGGAAGAAGGUGGCUGUGGUUUGCACAUACCUGAAACUUUUGUAUGACUCUGCAAACACUAUCAUGACAACAAUAGAUCAAACUGCAAAUAUAUUUUUCCAUGAAGCAUGGAAAGUCCAGCUAGAGUUGACUAAUGCGAUUCUGAAAGAGGACACAAUUGUGAGCAGCAUAGCUAAAAAGAUGCAUGAAAAGUUUGACAAGUAUUGGAAAGAUUGCAGCCUUGUUUUAUCUAUUGCUGUGGUUAUGGACCCUCGCUUUAAGCUGAAGCUUGUUGAGUUUAGUUUCUCAAAGAUUUAUGGUGAAGAUUCUGCCAGAUAUCUUAAAGUAGUUAAUGAUAGUAUUCACGAGUUAUAUCAUGAAUAUACUGCCCAGCCAGUAACAUUGAUGACUACUUAUGUGGAUCAUGGGGAGGCUAACCAUGUGAAUGGGAAUGAGGACAUUCAACCUUCAACUUCGCAUCCCAUGGGAGAUGAUCUUAUAGACUUUGAUAUCUAUCUCUCCGAGGUGUCAGCGAACCAGUCAGUAAAGUCUGAGUUAGAUCAGUACUUGGAAGAGUCUCUUGUCCCACGGUCCCAAAGCUUUGAUAUCCUUAAUUGGUGGAAGCUCAAUAACAUCAAGUAUCCUACACUAUCCCAUAUGGCUAGAGAUGUCUUGGCCAUUCCUGUAUCCAUGGUAGGUCCUCUCUGUUCCAUCUUUGAUACAGGGACGGGAAGUAGAGUGCUUGAUGAUUAUCAAAGUUCUCUACGUCCCGAAACACUGGAGGCUCUUUUUUGUGUGAAAGACUGGCUCCAAUAUUUUCCCAUUAUGGGAGAUCUACCAUCAACUGCAAUCGUCAAAAGGGAUUUCUAACAUGUCAACAGGUAUAACUUUUAUCAACAAACAAUUGCUCGAUGAUAUGAGAUUUGUCACAUUGUCACUUGUUUGAUUUAAUAGACCUAGGACUGUAUUCUUCAAUCAGCAGCUCUUUCUAAGGAUCCAAAAUCUGUAGUUUCCAUUGUAUUGCUAUAAUUUAUCAUCUUAUUCAUGCUAGAUGAUGUGAA